CUUCGCUUCUCCAUCCUGUCACUGAUGAGGCUGGUGGUGGUGGCUGCCGGAUUCCACCGGGUCCGCAUGCGUGGGAAGCAGCACAUCCCUUCGGAUCCCCGGGAGGCCCCCGUGGUGGUCAUGGCCCCCCACUCGAGCUUCUUCGACGCCAUCGCUAUAGUCUGUCUGGGGGCCCCGAGCGUGGUGGCCAAAGCUGAUACGGCGCGGCUACCGUUCAUUGGACAGCUGAUCAACUACACGCAGCCGGUGUACGUGUGGCGGGACGACCCCAACUCUCGGCAGAACACCAUCAAGGAGAUCAUAGAACGAGCCACUUCUAAAGAAGACUGGCCACAGGUGCUCAUCUUCCCUGAGGGAACAUGUACCAACCGCUCCUGCCUCAUCACGUUCAAGCCGGGGGGCUUCUACCCCGGCGUGCCGGUGCAGCCUGUCACCAUCCGCUAUCCCAACGCCCGGGACACCGUCACCUGGACCUGGGAGGGGCCUGGCGCGUUAAAGCUGCUCUGGCUGACUCUGACGCAGGUUCACAGCUCGUGUGAGAUCGAGUUCCUGCCGGUGUACUACCCGAGCGAGGAGGAGAAGCGAGACCCCAAGCUCUACGCCAGGAACGUUAGGGAUGUCAUGGCCAAAGCCCUCGGGAUCCCAGUGCUCGACUACACUUACGACGACUGUCGGCUGAUCGCGCGCGCCAAGCAGCUCGGCAUCCCCAACGCGGCUGCUGCGAGGGAGAUCAACGAGAUUAGGGGACAGCUGGGCCUGGAGCGAUCUCAGCUGGAGCUACACUUGGCAGCGCAAGGCGUACAGACGCGCUCGCGAUGGGUAUCGGGCGAGGAGUUCGCGCAGCGCCUCGGAGUUCCCAUGGAUCAACGCUCGCAGAGGCUCUUUGACAUCUUCGUGCAGCGGUCCAGCGGGCUGGUCCACUUCCCGGACUACCUGCUGAGCGCGUGCUUCCUGUCGCUGCAGCACGCGCCGCUGUCGCAGCUGCUGUCGCUGGCCUUCAAGCUAUACGACACCAAUCGUACGGGGCGGCUGAACAUCAAAACCUUCGAAGAGGUGGCUACGCGCUGCCUCGGGCUGACUCCUGAGGAGGCCCAGGGAACCUUCCGCGCGGUAGACCUGGAUGAGAAAGGGUACAUCACUUACGAUGAAUUCACCUCUUACGCGCAGAAGAAAUCCGACUUCUCUUUCAUCUUCACAAGCGACGGGUCUCACAAGCCGAAGACUCAGUGAGAAUCGCCCGUUCACAUUCCCACAGUCUGCAGCCAAGUGCCGUGACGUCACAGCGGUGACGUAGACAUUGCGAUGGAUAUGUGAUCUUUGAUAAGAAAGUUUUGGGGCAUCCAGGAUUUGUUUUUGACUAACUGCAACUUAAGCCCAGGGUGGGUUCUUUUCUGUAUUCCUUGAUGUAUAACUUAUGACUUGAGAAAAAGUAGGCAGCAUGGGAACUGAAGCCUAUUUAAACAUAAAAAAGGCAGAAGAAAAUUAUAACUGAUGAGGUUUUUGCCCCCAUUUAUUUGGGUAUUUGGCAAGGAAGGUAUCAUGAAGUUUUAUCAUCCAUUCUACACUUUCAACUACUAUGAGAUUAAUUUAGGUUUAAUGUUAGUAUUUUUUCAUCUAAGUCAAGUUUUUAAAUUUUCUUCUUAGCAAAGAAAAGUACCUAAGCAAGAAAAACAUCUUGAGAGCUUAAACGACGAUGUAUUGCUAUCUCUUGUAACUUAUGAGUAGAACAAGGAUAGCAUUACAUUUAUCGAAAAAAGAAUGCUUCAGAGAAUCUCGUCUUCGCCUUCGUAAAAUUUUUGCUCACACUUUUUUAUAAUAUUGGGUCGUGUUGGAAUGUCAUUCUUCCUAAAGCCUGGUCCGUGAGCACGUAGAAUUUUGUCCAAUGACCCCAAGCUGCCCAUCCUUAUCGCU